AGCCUUAGGCUUGCGGAAGCUGGACAGAACUCGAUGGAAGUUGAUGGAAGUCAUUCAGAUUUUUGUAGGACGAUCGACUGUACAAUUUUCCAUAAGUACGUAAUUUUGUCAUUUUAAAUAAGAGUAUUAAACUCAACUAAUUCAGUUGUAUAUAAUUAUCAGUCUUUGAAUUUUAUAAUUACCAAAAAAGUUUAUGUUUUCGGAGAUCGUAGGGCGUGCAAAAAAUUUAAUAUGACCACUACAAUGCCAUCGACAAAUGAAGAGAUAAGUCGUCGGAAUACUUUCUUCAGCAUCUGCAGUUCUGUUGAUGAUGCUGCUAUACCUGCUAUAUGUACCUCACUCUAUGGCAUUAUUUCAACUCUGUUGUUACCAUUAACGGUACGAGGUCCUAUUGGUGGUCAAUAUGGUGUGUUGAUACUGGUACUCGCGGACCAUGAUGACCCAUCUACUACUUAUCAAGAAUUUCAUUUACUGACUUUGACAGAUAUGUCCAUUUCACUUGAGAUGUUUCUGAUAAGCAUGCUCUUUUUUGCGCAUUUAAUAGGUUUUAUUAGUGUGAUUAAGAAAUGGAUGAGAGGCUUAGUAUUUUAUUCAAUUUUCUGUUUCGUCGAAUUUGUGCUAAGUUUAUUAUGGUUGGCCAAUGUGUUGGGCGGACAUAUCAAGUCUCAUGUUAUGUCACAAUAUACAUUGGGAUGGUAUUGCUUCUUUGCUGUCGUCAUCCAAGUCAUCUCUUGUAACGCAGUUGAUUCUUUUUGCGAUGAAGGAGCAGGAAAAAACAAGAAAUCUGAUGAAGAAUUACCAAGUAUCAUGGUUGUUUAGCGAUGAUCUUUU